CACACGCCCAUUGGCAGACAGGGCCACACCUCACGGCUCUGGGGAAGGCCACAGACCUCAGCUGUACGAGCGGAGCCUGGACUAGAGGAACUUUCCGCAAGACUCAGGGCACAGAGCCCCACGGCCACUACUGCCUGCGGGCCGGAGGCGGAGGGGAGCGCCGGCGGCUGCAGGUACGCUGCGCACCCACAUUAGGGCCUGGGCGGUGCAGCGGCGGCGGGAGGGUCCUGGGAACCGCAGCCGCCAGAGCCAGUGUGUGAGCCGGCCGGCCCCGGCAAGCCGCAUCCCCCGGCCGCCCCUCGUAGCCUCCUUGCUCCCUGGCAGCCGCCGCCUCCCUCAGGCAGCCCAGCCGGGCGCUCGCGGCAGGACCUCCCCGCAGCCCGCCUCGGCCCGGAACAUGGCUGCGCGCCCUGCCGCCACCCUCGCCUGGUCGCUACUGCUCCUCUCCUCAGCCCUGCUCCGCGAAGGCUGCCGAGCGCGCUUCGCUGCCGAGCCGGACUCGGAGGACGACGGAGAGGAGCCGGUGGUUUUCCCGGAGUCGCCCCUGCAGAGCCCCACGGUGCUCGUGGCGGUCCUCGCCCGCAACGCGGCGCACACGCUGCCGCACUUCCUCGGCUGCCUGGAGCGGCUGGACUACCCCAAGAGCAGGAUGGCCAUCUGGGCAGCCACCGAUCACAAUGUGGAUAAUACAACAGAAAUACUCAGGGAGUGGCUGAAAAAUGUACAGAGACUCUAUCACUAUGUCGAGUGGAGGCCUAUGGAUGAACCGGAGUCUUACCCUGAUGAAAUUGGACCAAAGCACUGGCCAAGCUCCCGGUUUGCCCAUGUGAUGAAACUACGACAGGCAGCCCUUCGAACUGCGAGGGAAAAAUGGUCAGACUACAUUCUGUUCAUAGAUGUUGACAAUUUCCUGACUAAUCCACAGACCCUCAAUCUACUGAUUGCAGAAAACAAAACUAUUGUGGCCCCCAUGCUGGAGUCUCGGGGCCUGUAUUCUAAUUUCUGGUGCGGAAUCACCCCUAAGGGCUUCUAUAAGAGGACCCCAGACUACGUUCAGAUUAGAGAAUGGAAGAGGUCAGGCUGCUUCCCCGUCCCCAUGGUCCACUCCACCUUCCUAAUUGACCUCAGGAAGGAGGCCUCGGACAAGCUGACUUUCUACCCCCCACACCAGGACUACACCUGGACCUUUGAUGACAUCAUUGUCUUUGCCUUCUCCAGCAGGCAAGCAGGCAUCCAGAUGUACCUCUGCAACAGAGAGCACUAUGGUUACCUGCCCAUCCCCCUGAAGUCCCAUCAGACACUGCAGGAAGACAUCGAGAACCUGAUCCAUGUGCAGAUUGAAGCAAUGAUUGACCGUCCUCCAAUGGAACCCUCCAAGUAUGUCUCACUUGUCCCUAAAUAUCCAGACAAGAUGGGAUUUGAUGAGAUUUUCAUGAUAAACCUCAAACGCAGAAAGGACAGGCGGGACCGGAUGCUGCGCACACUGUAUGAGCAGGAGAUUGAGGUCAAGAUUGUCGAAGCUGUGGAUGGAAAGGCACUCAACACAAGCCAGCUGAAGGCACUGAAUAUUGAAAUGCUGCCUGGCUAUCGAGAUCCCUAUUCCUCCAGGCCUCUAACGAGGGGUGAAAUCGGCUGCUUUCUCAGCCACUACUCAGUCUGGAAAGAGGUAAUUGAUCGAGAGCUAGAGAAGACUCUUGUAAUUGAAGACGAUGUGCGUUUUGAGCAUCAGUUUAAGAAGAAGCUGAUGAAGCUGAUGGAUGACAUUGACCAGGCUCAGCUGGACUGGGAACUAAUUUAUAUUGGCAGGAAGAGGAUGCAAGUAAAGGAACCAGAGAAAGCCGUGCCCAAUGUGGCAAACCUGGUCGAAGCCGACUAUUCCUACUGGACCCUGGGCUACGUCAUCUCUCUGGAAGGAGCACAGAAGCUGGUUGGAGCCGAUCCUUUUGGGAAGAUGCUGCCAGUGGAUGAGUUUCUGCCAAUCAUGUACAACAAGCAUCCUGUAGCUGAGUACAAGGAGUAUUAUGAAUCCAGGGACCUGAAAGCCUUCUCUGCAGAACCCUUGCUCAUCUACCCUACGCACUACACAGGCCAGCCGGGGUACCUGAGUGACACCGAGACCUCCACCAUCUGGGACAAUGAGACAGUGGCCACCGACUGGGAUAGGACACAUGCCUGGAAGUCCCGGAAGCAAAGUCGUAUCUACAGCAGUGCCAAGAACACAGAGGCCCUGCCACCGCCAACCUCCCUGGACACCGUGCCUUCGAGGGAUGAGCUAUGAAGCCUCCCUGGGAGUGUGACCCACAUCGGUUCAACAUCCUUUGGUUUUUCUAAAGGGCUAUUCAUCCGUUCGCUCCAGUUUUCUGUUUUGUUUUUAGUGGUCACAGUCAUCUAACCAAAGUGAUCUCAUGUGAUAAAUCGAAAUUAACAUACUUUUGACAGUGGAGGGAAAUAAGGAAAUUCAACACAAAUUUCCCAAGAUGGCUAAAAGACAGGCUUUCUGGAAACUGUUAAGAUAAACUGUAAUCCAGACACCUAAUUCUUCAGUCCACUACCCGUGUGACACUGAUUCCCACAUUGAGGUUGAACAACAUGGCUCAGAGUCUUGUUUAAGAGAAAGUGAUCACCAAGCUGUCCCAUCAGCAAAUAGGUAGUCAAGGCAGCCAGGCCAACUAGACCCACACUUAUUGGUCUAGCUGGUCCAUUUUAUGUGACAGAUGGGACCUUGAAAACGCCAAACCAAUUGGACAACCUUCAUUGGUCUAGUUUCUCCGUUUUAUAUGACAUUGAAAACUUGUGUAUGCAACGUUUGGGGGACAGGAAUCAAUCACUUAAAAUCAUAUUUAUUUGGCUUUUUAUUUAAAGGAUUCUGUCACGAUCCUUAUUGAAAAGUCGAUUUAAAAAAAAAAAAAAAACUUAGUCCUUGUUAUCUAAUAGGGAUGGGUAUUUGGGUCUGGCUGAGACUUGGCCUGUGACCAUCAUGACAGCUGGAGCUCCCAUAUAGAGGUGACCAGUUUGCCAUGUGGAUAUAAUUUAGUAGACAUUUGACAGUUUGUGUAGGUAUUGGAGGGGAAAAACUCAACAUUUGUCUUUUUUUAUUAUGGCCACUUGGGUCAGGAUGCUCUAUUUAUAAAGAUAAAUGUAAUAUAUGAAGGGUGAGGGCUGGCUGUGCGUCCUGCCCUGUCCCGGGUUUGCGCGCUGCUACAGAGCUUCACGCUCUCCGCUCCACCCCUUAGCCUGAGAACCCACCGCAGGUGUGAGUUCUAUGAGUCACUGCUAGGAGACAGAGCACAUUUUCAGGCCAGCAACUAUUCUUGCCAGGGUUUUUCUUUAUAUUUUGAAUUAUUUAUUUUGCAAAAUGUGGCGAAGACAUUGUCUUUAGGAUAAGGCAGAGAAACAGAUGUUGCAGACUUCCAUGGCACCCAGGGGAGAAGUGGGUGUGGACACAUUGGUUCGGCAAUCUGAUUCUCCUGAAUUUCCCAGCCAGGCUCUUUCAGGGAGGCCUGUGGAUGGGGGAUUCGAACUGUUUGGAAACAAAUGAUUCUCUAUCUCAGGUGAGAAACCUGGUCAGAAACAAAGGGCUGGUCAACUGAUUUAGGCCAGCAACCAGGGAAGCUCUUGGAAUCAGAAUCCCGGCAGACACCCUUUCUCAAAAGAUAUCCCCUGAGAGUCCUUUCUGCUUUCUUCACAGAUUGAUUUUAUGUAAAAUGCAGAGUUGGACUACACGAUUUCUUCCCACUCCACAAUCUGUCAUCCUAGUAUAGAUCCUGGUGGUUUUCCUCAAGUUUAUGUUCUCACGCCCUCAAUCUAUAAAUUUUUGUCUCCAGAAAAACCCUCCCAGGCAUCCCAUACAAGCACCAUUCCUCGUCAGUGUCCAUGCACCAUGCAGCCAUAUGGGGGGCCGUGCACACCCCAAAUCCUGAGCUUCACACUUAAACUCAUGGGGAAGGCCCUUCAGAGCAGAGCCCACAGGCGGGUGGUGUUACAUACACAAGCUUAGUGUACGAGUGUAAGAUAAACUUUAAACCAGAUACGUAAUUCUUCAGUUCACUGCCCAUGUGAUACUGAUUCCCACAUUAAGGUUGAACAGCAUGGCUCAGAGUCUAGAGAAAGUGAUCACCAAGCUGUCCCAUCAGCAAAUAGGUAGUCAAGGCAGCCAGGUAGCCUCACCUCCCCAGGCGAGGAGCGGGUCCCCACUUUAGGACAAUAGGCAGCUUGCCUUCCACCAGACACCAGCCUCAGCCUUCCUUCCCGACUCACUGUGGGUACUGUUCUACGCUGACCAGCAAGCCAGGCCGCUGAGGGAAGGGAUCUCGCCCAGCUCUAAAUUGUGCCGCUUAGACUUAGCAGUCAGUGUGACUUCCUUUCCCACCCACCCCCAGAAAAACAGAAAGCGCAUCUGGGGAGCGAGCGAAAAUUCCUUAGGUGAUUCCUAAGAUUUCCUUGGGUAUCUGGUUUUUGUUUUCAUAUUUGAGUGUGUGCAUGUGUGCAUGACUUUAAUGAUUUUUUUAACGGGGUGGGAGGUAGCUGGGGUGCUGGGGUUGAAGGAAGUUUGGGUUGAUUUUUGUGGUGUUUUGUUUAAUAAAGAAGUUUUUUUUUUUCCUGUUCCCCUGUCAGCUGGUCUGACAGAUUUAAGAACUCUCACUCUUAAAAGACAUUGGACUUAAAUUCUAGCAUUUUAGACUAGGACUGUUCUACUGUGAAGUUCUGGCUCCUUUAGCCCAGUUUGUUUCUCCCUGCUCAGGUCUAGAAUCUCAAGCAGUAUUCUUUUCUGGUGAACAUUGUGAGCUGAAGAUGUGACUUUUUUUUUUAAAGUCAUCUCUUUAGCAAUCCAGAGGUUCCUCGACCUCAUUAUUUGUCCUAUCUCUCCCUUAUAGUCCUAAACCAAGACAGUUGACCUUUGCAGUGUCACGUGAGGCCGUCAGUAUAGAGGCCUUUGCAUCUGGCCCUGGCACCCGCUGUCUGCCUCUGGAAGCUAAAGCCUGUCUGGAUUCCUCUUGGGAUCUAACGUGGGAUCUUCUGGACAGACAACCGUGACGUCAGCAGUGCUGGUGCUGCUGUGUGUGGACUGAACACCUGCGCUUUGCAGGGGACGCACUGCAUGGGCCCCGCUUGCGGUUCACUCAGGCCUGCUGCAGGAGCUCUGGAGAACCAGAAACAGCGGACAGCCAGCACACUGCAUCAUCUGUCUUGUGUGCUGUUUCAGGGCGGGAAGUGAUAAACUAUUUGCCUUCUGGAGCUCUUUGUGAAAAAUUAAAAAAAAAACUUAACUCAACGA